AACUAUAGAUGAUCAUGGUCACAAUAACACCCGUGAGCAUCAAGUGGACUCCCAUGAUCAUGGCAGCAACGAAACCCAAGUUCAUGACACUAUGGGCCAUCAUGGCAGUAAAGACCCUCGCCAUGAUCAGGACUAUCAUACCUCCCAAAUGCACGAGGAGGAAACCCAUGGUCAUAGCGUCAACGAAACCCAAAUGCACGAGGAGGAAGCCCAUGGUCAUAGCGACAACGAAACCCAAAUGCACGAGGAGGAAACCCAUGAUCAUAGCGUCAACGAAACCCAAAUGCAUGAGGAGGAAACCCAUGGUCAUGGCAACAACGAAAUCCAUGUUCGCGACGUUACAGGAGCAAGUAGGCCGAUGGGGAGGUAACAGCGACAGCGAAAAUGUUGAUUGAUCUUCUAUUACACUGAUCUAUUGUAUGAUGUAUACAUAUACAUUAAUAUAGAUAUUUGUAUGUAUACAUGCUGACAGAUAAAUGUAAUCACAGAAAAGAUAAUGAUGAAAAUAAUGGCAGUAUCAAAAUUCAGUUUCUAAAUUUCUAGUGUCUAAAUAAUCUUAUGAAAGAAUUUUUUAAAGA